GUCAGUGGUUCCGUACUGACCAGUCCGUGUUACGUCUACUCAAUAACCUCCAAUUUCGUCUUCCAAAAGGCGUGUGUCGUCUCCUGGAUAUUGUGUCGUCGUUUCGUCGAAAAGUGUGCCGUGGUUUUGCGACUCACGUCACCUAUAGUGUCCCAUUAUGAGCGCAGUGAACCGUUUUUUUUUUUAAUAUUUGCACACAACUUGUUCAUACAUCGUUCGUUGCAAAACAAAAUGUUCGUUCACAACAGAGAGCACAAAACAUAACAAAUAUCACUUCACUUUGAGUACAGUUUUCUGUUACAUGUUUACAUAGAUAUAAAAAAUUUUCUGUGAAACGUGUACGUAUACAUUUACAUUACAUUGUUUGGUGAUACAUAUAGGUGAGAGUGGUGAGACUUGAUCAGUGGGGAUACUUGUUCCUCCCAUUAUUUUGGCCAUUUUGGGGAAUUAAUUUUUUUUUUGUUGGCAUCAGUGUUUCUUGCCAUCCACUUUCCAUUGUUGUAAUUUGCAUCUGUGAGUUUAACUGUUGUUGCUGUCCAGUAAGAGGGAAAGAAAGAUUUUUCACCGAAUUAACUUUUAUUUUGAACUAUGGGUCUUACAUAUAAAAAGAAAGAGGGAGUCAAAGCUAGGAAAAAAAUUGACUCUAGAAGUAUGGAACUUGCAGUAAUGGCGUGCCUUGGGGGAAAAAGUUUCCGAGGAGCAUCAAAGGAAUUUCAAGUCCCACUAAUGACCUUAAAACGCUAUGUUAGGAAGCAGUUAAGUCAAGAUACUGAAAUUUCUUAUUCUUCUACAUACAACAAGUCUCAAGUGUUUUCAACUGAGGAAGAAAAUUCUUUAUGUGAAUACCUGAAAACGGCAAGCAAAUUACACCAUGGCCUGAGUGCAAAAAGUGUGCGUGCAUUUGCAUAUCAAUUUUCUUCUGAAAAUAAAAAGAAAAUUCCUGAAAAUUGGAAGAAAGAGGGCAAAGCUGGAAAUGACUGGUUCAGAGGUUUCAUGAGAAGGCAUCCUGAACUCUCUCUUCGUACACCAGAAGGAACCAGUAUAAACAGAGGAAGCAGCUUUAAUAAACACAAUGUUAGACAGUUUUUUGAUAAUCUUCGCCAGAUUAUCACUAGGGAAGUUCUUGGUCCAGAAUCUAUUUGGAACAUAGAUGAAACGGGUCUUACUACAGUCCACAAACCAGGAAAAAUAGUGGCUGUAAGAGGAGAGAAACAGGUAGGAAAAGUGACUUCUGCCGAGAGAGGUGAACUUGUGACAGCAUGUUGUGCAAUAAAUGCUAUAGGAGGCCACAUCCCACCUUUCAUGAUCUUUCCACGUGUGAACUGGCAGGACAGGAUGCUGCAUGGAGCUCCUCCUGGAACCAGUGGUUCCACUCAUUCCAGAGGUUGGAUGACAGCUGAUAAUUUUGUUUUGUUUUUAAAACAUUUUCAUAAGUAUGUAAAAUGCAGUGCUCAACACAAAGCACUUAUAAUCAUGGACAAUCAUGAUAGUCAUAUUAGUUUGGAAUCCUUACAUUUUGCAAAAGAAAAUGGAAUUACUCUUUUGACAAUUCCUCCCCAUACAUCCCACAAAAUGCAGCCCCUUGAUAGGUCAGUGUAUGGUCCACUGAAGGCAUAUUACAAUUCUGCUGCAGGAGACUGGAUGACAGCGCAUCCAGGGAAAACUAUCUCUAUCUAUGAUAUCUCCGAGAUUUUUGGUAGAGCUUUCCCUAAAGCUUUUACACCCAGCAAUGUGAUUAGUGGUUUUCGGGUUUCAGGCAUAUGGCCAUUUAACUCUGAUAUAUUUACAGAUGAUGAAUUUUUGUCUGUAUAUACAACAGACCACUUACAAUCUGUGGAAAUCUGUGAUUCUCCAAAAGAGUUUGUUUCAUUAUCAACACCUUCAUCUUCUGGAAUUAGACCUAGCGCUAUUGGAUACAGAUCCUUUGAAGAUAUCAGACCACAUCCUAAGGCAGCAGCUCACACUACAACUAGACGAGGAAGGAAACGAGCAUGUACCGCAAUCCUAACAAACACACAGGUAAAAGAUAAACUUGAGGAAGAACUCAGAGCAAGAAAAGCACGAAGAUUGAAACCUGUGGGAAGACCUAAGAGGCUGAACUUUGAAAACAAGAAACAAACGUAUAAGCCAAAAGUAGAAACUUCUGAAAGUGAAGAACUGUCUCCAUGUGAGUUUGAUAAUGACUUGGAGAGUUUGAGUAACAGUGAUUCUGAUGAAAUUUUGAAUGAUGAACCAGGCACUGGAAAAUGGAUCAUUGCUACCUUCCAAACAAAGAAAUCUGAAAAACAUUAUGUGGGAGAGAUUGUCAAUGUUCCUGAUGAAGAGAAUUUCACCAUAAAAUGUGCGAGGAAGAUAGAGGGUCAACGGUUCAAGUGGCCAGAAACUGAAGACAUAUGUGACAUUGAAAGGAACCAAAUUGUACGAGUCAUUCCAUCUCCAGCAUUUUCUUCAAAGAAUGACAGAGUUACCAGUUUCAUUUUUAACAGUGUCAAAUUUGAGGGCUUUAAUAUUCAAUAAUUUGUAUGUUUGUCUAUAAUUUCAUCAUGUUAAAUACUUCAAACACAGGCAGCCGUUAUUGACUUUCUCAAGAAGUAUACUUGUUUUUUCUUUGUAUGAAUGUGCUUUAUCUCAUAUAUGAUCUUGGAUACACUAAACAUGCUAAUUCUAAUUUUUUUACAGUAAUUUCAACUAUUUAAAAUACAUAUUUGAAAACUAAGUGACUUUUUUAUGAUCUCGUCACAUGUUUUGUAGGCUACAGAUCGCACUUCAAGCAAUGCCUUUAGAGAUCGUCAAUGAAUUUGUUUUCUAAAGUUAUUAUGUGAAUUUCUUUUGUUAGUAAA